AUGAACAAAAGGGAUACUCCAGUCUCAUGGCGUAAUGCCAAGAUACUGUCUGUUAAUGGCCAUACUUGUACCGUGCAAUAUGAUUGUUAUCCGGGAACGGAAAGUGAACUAACUGUGGAACUGGUAUCAAGGAAGUUUAUAAGGCCAUGUCCACCUCUGGUGCAAGGUAUAGAGAAUUGUGUAGCUGGGGACGUUGUGGAGGUAUUUCAAGGUAUUUCUUGGAAGCUUGCCACUAUUUUGAAGGUUUUGCAUGGAUACCAAUAUUUGGUGAGGCUACUAGGGUGCUCCCAGGAAUUAAUCGUCAAAGGAACCAACACUAGGAUGAGACAAACAUGGCACGAUGAUAAAUGGAUUGUAUUGCCAAAGGGUUCCAGAGGAUGCGAGAAUGAAAAGGCUAGCAAGCUAUCAAUUUCAAACUAUGAUCAACAAUUUAAUGCGGGGGCUAAAAGUCAAACAAAAAGAGAUUGCUUGAUCACUCAGAAUGAUUCUAAAUUUAGGGAAUCUCCUUUGGUCUCUUCAAGGUCCUUGAAGAGGAUGUCUCCCUACUGCUCGUCUAUCAUUGAAGUGCAUAAUGGACAUGCCCAGAAAAUAAGAGCAAUUGAGAAGGAUGAUAGGAGGCAUAGAGUGGUUGCUUCACCUGCACUUGAAAAGGGCAAGAGACAAUUAUCAUUUGCUUUCAAAGGCUUAAAGAUGAUGCCAGGGUUUGCCGUCUCUCGUGGCAUAAACUACUGGGUAAUACAGUCCAUGGUAUCAUUAUUUAAGGCUCACCUGGAUUUUUCAACGUCUUUAUUGAGGAAGAAAUAUAGCUGA